UCAAGCUAUAUGUCCUCUGAUAUAUCAUGGUGACGGAUGGAAAGAUUGAAAGGCAAGUUGAGGAGGAGUCCUUGUCGGUGGACAGGACUAUUUUAAUAAACCGCCGGGCGCACGCGGACCUUUUGAAGAAACUAAAGUUAAGAGAAGUGCAGCUGGAAUCGGAGAGGCUUGAGUUGUGGGAAAAGAGUUUCAUACGUUGGCGUUCUCUUAAGGCAAAGUUCAAAAUCGACCAAUUCAAGUUGCGUCUUGCUACCGAUGAGUUUGCAGCUCCUCCUCAAAGGCAGUCCAUGUUACAUGCCCUCCAGGGAGAUCAGGAAAGAACUUAUCAGACGCUUACAGAACAGUAUUCGAAACUUCAGAGCAUUCUGCCACCUUCUCAUUUCUCAGAGUCGGUCGCCACCAGGUGGGGCACCCACUUGAAGAUUAUUGCAAACGAAUGGUUGGAGCGCGUGGUCAGGCAUUGCGGAAGAUUGAAAGAACAGGAAGUUGAGAUCGACAAGAAUGCUCAAGGACUUUAUGUGCUCCUGGAAGAAGAUGUUCGCAAGUACGAAGAGAACCCGACUGAUUCCACUGUAGCUUCACUACAGGUGAGCGAGUUAAUGUCCUUCAUUGGCUGGCAGUCGUACUUGCUUUCUGGAAAGGCUUCAACGAGUACGGGGGAUAGAGGAACGGUCCUGCAUGCAGCUUAUCAUCAAUUCAAUUGAGGAAAAUGGCAGUUUUCAAGCAAAAACAUUUUGGUGCCCUACCAGUAGCUGAGAAGAACAAAUCCUGCCCCUUAAA